AUGACGGCGCCCAUGAAAGCCAUUGAUAUAUAUGAGGGCAUCGGCCCUGCAUAUCAGAUCGCUUUUGACAACCCACCAGCACAAAUACGAUCCGUGCAAUGGCUUCUGUCGCAGCUGGAUCCAGCCUCGAAGAUCGUCGACAUUGGUUGCGGGACAGGCAGACCGGUGUGUGAGAUGCUCGCUAACACUGGCCAUCAUGUCAUCGGAGUUGACUUCUCUCCCAAGAUGGUCGAGACAGCUCGAAGUCAGGUGCCGGCCGCCAGAAUCUUGAAGAGUGAUGCACUAUCCUGGGAACCAGCACAAGAGGAUCGACCUUUUGAUGCCGUCACUUCUUACUUCGCUUUCUUGGGUGGCACCAAGCAGGAAGACGCUCGGAAGUUCUUUAAGAGGGCGUACAGCUGGCUCAACCCUGGGGGCGUGUUCAUUUUCGGUCUUGUGCCCCUCGACUGGGAGGAAGUCGAGAUCACCUGGCUUGGCAGAAAACUGGUGACAUCUACGCUGAGUGCGGACGACGCAAAGGCCAGUAUCAAGGCCGCAGGCUUCAACGUAGAACACGAGGAGAGUGUCAAGUUCAGACCGAAGGCGGUCGAGGCGGGAUUGUGCAAGGAAGACGAAAUCGACACAGAGACUCAUCUUUUCUUGUAUGCUCGGAAGCCUGCUCCGUGA